CUCUCACCCCUCCCCUCCCCUCCCUCUCGCCUCCUGCCUCGCUAAGCCGCUGGCUUCCUCAUCUUCUUCGCCCUGGUACUGGUAGCUAGCUAGUUCUCGGACCGGCCGCGCCCGUUAUAUAUAGCUCUCGCCUCGGCUGCAGCUGCCACUCACCUGCACCAAAAGGCAAGCAGCAAGCUAGCAGCCACACUCGCCCCACAACUGCUAGCUACCAUCUGCCUAGCUAAGCUAUAUCCUACACCUGCAAGCUGCGUGUGGGCACUCCCAGGCCUCAGCUACAGCUCGACACGUACGUGCAUACGCUACCCACUGCGGGCUGUGACUCGUGAGCGAGCCGUCGAGUCGAGCAUGUCGUCGAGCAGCCGGAGGUCACGCACGCGGCGCACCGGGAGCUCGCCGUCGAUCUCGGAGGAGCAGAUCUCCGAGCUGCUCUCCAAGCUGCAGGCGCUGCUCCCGGAGUCCCAAGCCCGCAAUGGCGCUCACAGGGGUUCGGCGGCGAGGGUGCUUCAGGAGACGUGCAGCUACAUCCGGAGCCUGCACCGGGAGGUGGACGACCUGAGCGAGACGCUCGCCGCGCUGCUCGCCUCCGACGCCGUCACCGCCGAGCAGGCCGCCGUCAUCAGGAGCCUCCUCAUGUGACCCUCUCUCCAUCCGUCCGUCCGUCCGUCCAUCCAUCGGUCGGUGCACACUUACGUCCAGCUACGUACCAAGCUCGUUCGGCCGGCGCAUUCGUCCACGGCCGAUCAUACUACGGGCUAGCAUGCAUGCUGGGCUGGCUGGCUAGCUAGCUAGUGUGUGGCCUUUUCCUUGAGGUUUUUGCAUUUGCUUGGUUAAUUAAUUAAUUAAUCUGGUUGAUUAGUUUGGCUUCAUGGCUUGGAUUGGAUUGCGAGAGGGAGGUUUGCAGCCAGCAUUGGCUGGCGCGCGCUGCCGGGCAUGGCUGGACAGCAAUAGCAAGGAUCUAUCGGUGGUUUUAAUUACACGAGAUACUGGCACUGUGCGGUACACUGCCAGUAUCUAUCUUGCCAGUGGUAGGGCUUGGCAUCACGCUGCUGUACGCUGAAAGGCUAAUGCGUGUUGUCUAGUGCUUUGUUGAUUAGUUUGGUACUUAAUUGACUCUUGAUUAAGAUCGGUCGCUUGUUUUCCUUAUUAUGGGCCACGCCUGAUAAUUGCAGCUAGCGCUCUUGGAUGUAUGCAUACGUGUGUCGUGUCUUGUGUCUUGUGUGUGUGUGACUGUGUGUACAGUACUCAAGUAGUGUGUUGUGUACGCUUUAUCAUCUGAGCUCAUUAAAUUUGGAGCACAAUUAGCUAGGGGCGAUGAUUUGUACGAAGAGACUGCCUUAAGAAAUGAAUACUAGGGCAUGUGUUUGGUUCAUGA